CCUACCUCGUCAAUCGGUAUUGAGCACUCCACUUAUUCAACACGCUGAGCACACUUCAGAGCAUGAAGCAUAUAGCUCCUCCGCUUCAUCAGUUGUACUCAUCAAAAUAUGCUUGCACGCUGAUUGCUGAAUAGAAGUCAAUCAAUAGAGUGUCUCGAUUCCGUGCAGUGCAUUGUUUGCUACAGCAAGAGCGAUUGAAAACAGAGCACGCUCUCAGGAUUGUUAGGACGGUACCUGUCAUUCUACUCUACCUUUCUUAAUCUACAGAGAUGGGGUUCUGUAUGAGUUGAAUUUGAAAGAUAGCAAGAUGGAUUUAGAAAGAUAGAAAUCUUGCUGCACUCAAGCGACGCGGUUCUUGUUCGAAAACUACGCAAUGGCGACAUCAUUUGUGAGGAGCGGUUCUUUACUGCUGCCUGUCCUGUGCCUAAGCCUAUUUCUGCCGAUUACUGCGGCAUCUUCAGAUUUGUCACUGUCGGUACCACUCGACCACUCCCAGCAGCACUUCACCGUUACGGCAACAUCUACAAAAACCGAAGAGGAACCAGUCAGCUUGCUCAUGAGCCGCCUCAUCAGAACAUACUUCGGAGAUCGAGAGCGGUGGAGGCCUUUCUUGCCGCACGAAGUUACGGACACUCACCCUAGAGUUGUGCGCAAGCACCACUCUCGACCAAAGCUGCAAAUAAGCACACAAACGAUUCCUAGCUGCGAGAUGGAAUGCAAAGCUAGACACGAAGCUCACGUAGGGCGUACUUUCUACCUCCGGGGCAAUCCCUUUUUAGUCUCGAGUGUCCCUGCCUUCGACAUCACCCGCCCUACCCCUAAGGAACUCCUCCUUUUCCUCCAAAUCUAGAGGCACAGUCAACUGAUCCUUACGCCAAAACCAGUGUAGACAGGAUUCUUCAUGCUGCAACAAAUCUCCUGCAACAUGUCCCUGUUGAACUGGCUUUGCAGUCCGUCGAAGGUUAAAUUUCUACGUACCAUUUUAUAUUUCUACAUUCCAGUAUUGGAUGUUUAGCUUGUUCAUUGUAAAUUUUAAUAUGGGUCGACAAAGCAAAAAACAAAGAUUAGCGAGAUUUCCACACCCUGCGUGUUAGGGCGUAAAAAGGUGUUCCCUUGAUACUAAAAUUUGUACAGUAGUGAGGGGUGUUCCCAACUUUACAGAACAGCGGUUAGAACCGCUAUAUGUACUCAGGCCCUCGACUCUACAACCUUAAUUUGCAUGAAUACAUCACAAGCCAGUGGGGUUAUGACUGAGAAGAGACAAAUCCGGGACUUCGAUCUUAGAAAAUUUCUUCAAAUGAAAUUGCAAAUGGAGGAAAUCACAUCCACCUCACCACUUACAACAGAGCCGAAAUGAAAAGCUCUCAUGAAUUGGGUUUUGAAAAAAAACCAAAUAAUUGAUAGGUCAAUACCCCAAAAAUUUCCCGUCAAUUACCAAAUCCUAAAUGUUAAAAUGGACUUGUACACUCGUUUUGGAAGAACAGACGAAAAGAGUUGUUUAUUG